GGGGACACUGGGGACAAGAUGCUGGGGACAACUGGGAUGCCGGGGAUGCUGGAACACUGGGGAUAAUGAGGAUGACGGGGAUAUAGGGACACGGGGAUGAGGGGACACUGGGGACACUGGGGAUGCCAGGUCAGGCCCCGAGAGGUGUCCCCAUGGUGCCAGUGCCCCCGUGUCACGCCGUCCCCAUGUCACGCUGUCCCCAUGUCACACUGUCCCCAUGUCACGCCGUCCCCAUGUCACGCUGUCCCCAUGUCACACCGUCCCCAUGUCACGCUGUCCCCAUGUCACACCGUCCCCAUGUCACACCGUCCCCAUGUCACGCCGUCCCCAUGUCACACCAUCCCCGUGUCACACCGUCCCCAUGUCACGCCGUCCCCAUGUCACACCGUCCCCGUGUCACACUGUCCCCAUGUCACACCAUCCCCGUGUCAAACCGUCCCCGUGUCACACCGUCCCCAUGUCACGCGGUCCCCAUGUCACACCAUCCCCAUGUCACACUGUCCCCAUGUCACACCAUCCCCGUGUCACACCGUCCCCGUGUCACGCCGUCCCCAUGUCACACUGUCCCCAUGUCACACCGUCCCCAUGUCACGCCGUCCCCAUGUCACACCGUCCCCGUGUCACGCCGUCCCCAUGUCACACUGUCCCCGUGUCACACCGUCCCCGUGUCACACCAUCCCCGUGUCACACCGUCCCCGUGUCACACCGUCCCCAUGUCACACUGUCCCCAUGUCACACCGUCCCCGUGUCACGCCGUCCCCAUGUCACACCAUCCCCAUGUCACGCCGUCCCCGUGUCACGCCGUCCCCGUGUCACGCCGUCCCCAUGUCACGCCGUCCCCGUGUCACGCCGUCCCCGUGUCACACUGUCCCCAUGUCACACCGUCCCCCCCCGCAGGACGCGGUGGCCACGCAGAUGGAGGAGGUGCGCCUGGUGAAGAUCAAAGAGGUGCUGAAGGAGCUGCCCCCCCCCCACUAUAGGACAUUGGAGUUCCUGAUGCGGCACCUCCUGCGCAUGGCAUCCUACAGCCACACCACCAACAUGCACGCCCGGAACCUGGCCAUCGUCUGGGCCCCCAACCUGCUGCGCUCGAGGGACAUCGAGGCGACGGGCUUCAAUGGGACGGCCGCGUUCAUGGAGGUGCGGGUGCAGUCCAUCGUGGUGGAGUUCAUCCUCACCCACGUGGAGCAGCUCUUCGGGGACGCGCCUCUCUGCGGCGGUGAGGCGGCACGGUGCUCCCGGUUGUUCCCUGGGGACGGGUCGGGGCCCUACAACGUCCCCGCAGCACUGAGUCAGGGCGAUGGGCCCCCCCCGAUCCGGCCCUACCACACCAUCAUCGAGCUCAGCGACCACAGGAGGAAGGGGUCCCUGAAGGCCAAGAAGUGGAAGUCCAUCUUCCACCUGGGCCGCUCCGACGCCAAACGCAAGCUGGGGAAGGCGGAGGAGAAAGAGGAGAAGUGUGGGAAGCUGAGCCUGCGCCCGGCCAAGAGCAUGGACUCACUGAGCUCAGUGCCAUACAGCAGUGAUGCAGACGACCCCCGGCUCAGCACCAUGUGUGUGCUGAAGCAUCCGCCGCAGCGCCGGGAGAGCUUCGACACCUGCUCCUCACUGCCACCCACCGGGACCUUCCCGGCGCUGGAGGAGAGCCCCGAGGAGAAGCUGACGGCAACGGAGGAACCACGGGGACCCGAGUCAGAGAGCGAGAGCAGCACCAAGUCAGAGCCCACCACCCCCCGGCCGGGCCGCAUGGCGGUGGUGGGGGCCCGCAGCCGGGCUGAGAAGUGCGCGGGGGUCCACAUCUCGGGUCCCUUCUCUGUCACCGUCCCUUUGCACAUCACCUCCAAUCUCUCCCGGCUGACGCGGGGACAGCAGUGCCCGGCGUUGGCUCAGCAUGGAGCCAUCGGAUCCCCACCGCCCACCCGUCGCCCCACCAAGGAGCCCAAACCCCCCCAGACCAACACAGAGGAGGAUGCCCGGCUGUCCCUGGAGCUGCGUGACUCCUUCGCCUUCCUGGACUGCCAGGACGCAUGGCUGGAGCAUGGGGACGGAGACGCAGCAGCGCGGGCAGCACUGGGACACGGUGGCCUCGGGGACAGCGAUGGGUACCCGGCCAUAGAGGAGGGCAUGGAGAGCGGAUUCAUGAAUCCGGGGGAGUCCCCCGUGGAGCAGCCUGCCAGCUACCUGUCCAUCGAGGAGUGCAUGGACGAGGAGAUGUUCUACAUGGCGCCCAGCGGCUCCGACACCGAGGAGCCCACGGGGGACACUGACUCCGAUGACAUGUUCCUCAGCGCCCACGAUGAGCUCAGCCCGUUGGCAGCCGACCCCGAGACCCCCACCGCCAGCACGGCCCUGGGGGAAUGUGGGGCUGAGCUGCGGGAUGGGUUCCCACCACCAGAACCACGUCCUGCAGAGGAGGUGGCUCCGGGUGAUGGAGGGCACUUGGAGGACCCUAGUGGGGACACAGCAGAGGUGGGGGGACAGAUCGCGGUAAAAGAGGAGAGGGGCGGAGGUGACAGGGAAGGGAACGAUGGAUCAAGCAGAACCGAGCUGGGGCUUGAGGAUAAGGAUGGAGGAACAGGAGCAAUGCUGGCUCCAGGUGGGAAAGAGGAGAAGGAUGGAGCACCGAAGCAGAGUGGGGAGGGGGACCCCCAACCUUUGGAGGUGCCACCAUCGCCAGAAGGGCCCCUCCAGGAGCCCACUGAGCCCCCACUCCCUCAGGAGUCUGUCCCCACAGUUCCUCCAAGCAGAGUGGAUGUCCCUGAGGGUCCCCCAACCCCAGUGGCAGUCCAAGGGGCUCCUCCAACCCCAAUGGUGGUCCCUGAGGUACCUCCAACCCCAAUGGUAGUCCAAGGGGUUCUUCCAACACCAGCAGCUGUCCCUGAGGUUCCCCCAACCCCAGUGGUGGUCCCUGAGGUAUCUCCAACCCCAUUGGUAAUCCAAGGGGUUCUUCCAUCACCAGCAGCUGUCCCUGAGGUACCUCCAACCCCAGUGGCAGUCCAAGGGGUUCCUCCAACCCCAGUGGUGGUCCCUGAGGUAUCUCCAACCCCAGUGGCAGUCCAAGGGGUUCCUCCAACCCCAGUGGUGGUCCCUGAGGUACCUCCAACCCCAGCAGCCACCACAGAGGGCACAGAUCCCCCGCCAGAGGCCGUCACCCCCCCCCCUCCCAGGGGCAGCCCCUGACCCCUCUCCCACCCCUUCCUCCCCCCAGAGGCCACGUCAACCACCCCCCGGGGCCGUCCUACGCCGUGACGGCAGUGCCCCGGUGCGCCUGGCGUCCCGCCCCGUGCGGGUGCAGCAGGCCCGCUCCGUCCCUGUCGUGCCCCCAAAGCCUCAGUUUGCCAUCGUCCCCCCCACCCUUCAGCCCCACACCCCCCCGGCAGAGGGGCGGAGGGCAAAUUGGCAGCACGGCGGCAGCGUCUCCUUUGACGCCGCCAUGAUGGAUGCCGCUCCCGAGCGGCCAUCGGUGCGCCGGAUUCAGACCUAUGGCGGAGGGGAGAUGCCCAGCGCGCCCCCCAACGCCCCCCCACAGCCUCUGCCCUUCCAGAAGGCCCCGAUGAGGCCGCGGCUGCUGCGGCCCCACAGCUGCAUGGCCGCCCCACAGGGCCGCAGCCUGGGCCAAGAUGGCGGGACGAGCCCCAAACAGAGGGCUGAGGGCACCGCGGGAGAGCACUGAGUGCUGUGUGGGGACGGGGGGGACGGAGGGUGUGGGGUGGGGAUGGGGGUUUUGGGGUGUGGGGCUCAGGAUUGAGGGGUUUGGGAGUGGCGGAUGUCGGCACCGCCGCAAUAAAGUGUGGUUUCUGGC